AUGGCUGAUCCUGUUGCCGAUACCCCUGUCAUGGACGAAUUUGCACAGACCCGUGGCGGCGACGAUCUCUUCGACGAUGAAAUUGUACCUGUUUCUGCGGAGCCACAGGUCCCGCCGGAGGUCCAAGCAUUAGAAGAGAACGUCGCAACGCUCUCAUUGGAAACCCAAACGCCACCUCCUCGUACUGAUACUCCACGGUCGCGCGGAGGUGAAAGGCGAGGACGUGGUAAGGGCAAGGGACGCGGUGGCAGGCGAGGAUCGCAGAGUUCAGCGUCAAGGAGGGGUGAUGGGGGUACAAGGCCAAAGUCAACGGAUGAUACCGCGCAAAAUGAAAAGAGCAAUGAAGAGUCUACCAAUGAUAUCUCUAAUGAAGCGACGGAACAGUCGAAGAAGGAAGAUAUGGCCUCCGACUCGAAGCCCUCUACUGAUAGUAAUGGUCCACGGGUGCCAGCUGUGCGCGGGGAUCGAAGUGCUACAGGCGGCAUCAAGAAG